UCAAAAAAACAAUUAGAAUUAGCCACAAGAACAUUUGAAGAAAAAACAGAAGAGAAUAAUUUCAUCAACAUUUAUUUACCUUGCAAAAGAAGAAUGAAACCAUCAGAAAUAAGAAGAAAACUGGCUUUUGUGGGAAUUGACAACAUACAAGUACUGGACACAUACUGCCCUGACUGGGAUACAGUACUUUUAUUAAUACAUGAAAAAUACAAAGAGACGGCAGAAAAAAAAUUAGACCAGGCUGGUAUACAAACAAAAGAAUAUAACUACUUACAUGUUUCACAUUUGAGAGAUAGCAGACUUACAGGAUUAUCGAAAGAAGAAAAGACAACAAAAUUAGAGCAAAUUAGAAAUAACUGUUCAAUGAGAGCACUCGACUUUAUAAGAGAACCAGUAAAAAAAUCAGUUGCGAGAUGUUUUCACCGACAAAAAAUAAUUAGUGAUGACCAACUGAAGCAAAUACUAACAGGACGAAACGUAGUCGAAGCAAUGGAUAUAUUCAAAGAAUCAACAUCAGAAGAGAACCAAACCGCCCCAGUUGGAGAAAGCCAAGGCGACGACGAGACACAA